AUGGCGACCCAAGAUCGGCCUGUCAUUAUAAUCGGUGCGGGUAUCAGUGGUCUACUCCUUGCACAAAGCCUAACACAGCAUAAAAUCCCUGUCCGCGUAUUCGAGCGUGAUGCAAAUCUUGAAACUCGUGGUGUAGGAUGGGGACUCACAUUGAACUGGUCUCUUCCUGCGCUACAGUCACUUCUGCCAGAACCUCUUUUCAGCCGUCUCCCGGAAGCUUAUGUUGACCGAGAGGCUAUUAAGGAAGGAUUGUCGUCAAGGUUUCCUUUUUUCGACCUAGCGACGGGAGAAUUAAAGGCUUCAACGCCGAAAGCACCCGAGGGAAGCCGAAUUCGAGUAACAAGAAAGAAACUUCGAGAUCUCCUGGCUACUGGGAUAGAUGUUGAGUGGGAAAAGGCGUUGAAGGACGUCGAGUCUACAGAGGAGUCUGUCGUUGCCACAUUUGAAGAUGGAAGUUCGGUGACUGGAUGCUUGCUAGUGGCGUGCGACGGGAGUCACUCCCGGGUCCGUCGAGCGCUUUUCCCGGAUCUCAGUCUUCACGACAUACCAGUCCGUAUGCUUGGCAUCAAGCUGGAGUUGACACCUGAUCAAGCCCGUCCUAUCCGAGAACUUGAUCCCUUUUUCAUGCACAGCACAAACUCAACAAACAGCAUGUUUGUAUUCAUGAGCAUGCUCGAUGCUCCCGGCAACCAUCAAGAUGGGGUGCAUCCGUAUAUACUGCAAAUGUGUGUCUCUUGGCCAUAUCGCGCUGGUUUCUUUGGCAGAGACGCCCCAAUCGAAGUUCCCGAAACAUCCGACGAGCAGCUCAAGUUGAUUCAUGAACUUGGCGAAACCUGUGCUGAGCCUUGGCGGUCUCUUGCGUUGGGAGCCAACGUCAAUUCCGAUGUCAAAGGUCUCAAGAUUCAAGACCUGCCUCCGCCUAUAGAUCUUCAGACUGCCGGCCGUGCUGUACUGAUGGGAGAUGCUCUUCACGCUAUGGCUAUGUACCGAGGGGAGGGUGCAAACCACGUGAUCCUAGACGUGCAAGACUUUGUCGACCGAGUGGUCCCGGUCUUGAAGGAUAGCGGAGACUUUGGGGCUUUGAGAACAUCAUUGGAUGGUUAUGAAAAGGCUGUAGUUGCACGGACUCGCCCAGCUGUGUUGGCUUCCAGACAAGCCUGUCUGCAUGCUCAUAACUGGGAGAAAAUCAAUAGCGAGAGUCCGUUGUUGACAAGACGCAUGCCCUUCGUCGAGUUUGACGAGAGUCAGUUGCAGUCAUAG